CUGGAAGGGUAUAGUCGACGUCACUUCAAUGUUUAGCAUGCAGCACAGACAAUCACGACAAGAAAAACAUAGAGGUGAUCUAUAUGUCAAGGUCCGUCCGUCCUCUAAAGUAAAAAGACUUUUCAUUGGCUAUUUUUUUCAGAAACUCUACAUCCGGUAAUAACACGUGCUGGCAAGGAAGGUUGUAUCUUGACCAUGAUAAUAGGCUAGCAGAAGCACAACAAGUAAAGAAUCAGAGAAUCAUGCCUAAAGCACCUAAAGCAAAGGUUGGCCAGGACAAAAAACCUAUCCACCCCAACAGUAGAAAAGCUCAGCAGCUGUCGAGGAAAGCUUCCAGAGACCAGCGACUUGGCAUGAAGAAUCUAAACACACAAAGAACAGAAUUGUUGGCAGAUAGAUUUAUGUGGUUUCAGCAAAAUGCAAAUUUAGAAGAAAAAAGUUUGAAAAAGAGUGAACUGGCAAGUCUAUGCAAGAAAUAUUUAUCAAGAUUUGAAGAUGAAUUAGAUCAGAUCGAUAUUAUACAGAAUAUUGGAAACCGACAAGGGAGGCAGCAUGCAUCUAGGGAAGCAGCAAUAUCACUGACAUUGGACAAGGAGAAAAAGGAGUUUGAAUCCAAUGGCUUAGAAUUACCUGACCUUAUUAAUGCUAAAAACUUUGAUUAUUUUAAAAAGUGGAAUGGUGAAGUAAAAUACCUGCAAAACAUAAAAUUAAGGAAGAUAGCCGUUUCAGAUUUAGCAGAAGAAUGUGAUGAAGACAGUUCAGAGGAUCCACAAGAAGAUACACAAAUUGACGAUCAUAAUAGUGAUGAAUCAAAUUAAUUCACAAUGAAGUUAUUAAAAAAAAAAAAAAAAAAUUAUUAUAUUGGUUCUGCAAUUACAGUGUGGUUGGAUACACAUUUAACAUUUUAAUUACAACUCCUGGUAUGAAGUUGUUUGAUUGACAAAAAAUUCUUUUUGUAGAUCUGGGCUCCUUCAUUUUUCAACAGAACUUUUUGAAACUUUGUAGUUUUAUGUCACCCGAGAUGAAGUCUUAUACAUG